CAUAGGUAGUCUGCUCGCCGUUUUUCGUCUUGAGAGCAGUUUAGUGAAGAUGGGGCACUCUAUAAAAUGCAAGAAUCUGACGACCUACUGGGAUAGGAUCAUUUCGAAGUGUAUGCCGUGUGAAACAAAGCAAGGAUAUUAUAUCACGCCCAACUGUGGUAAAGCUGAUGAUGGUGGGGUGCACGAACCCCCCCUUAAAAAGUGUACAACAUGUCCCGCUGGGUUCUACAUUUCGAGCCCGUGCAGCAAUACUACUGACACCAAAUGUGACAACAAAUCAAGAAGCGGCGCGACGACGGUUCCUGUCGCGACACCAACAACAUCUCAACAUGUUCGUGCAACGACAAACGGAUCGAGCUUAAAACCAACAACAACAGCAACCUCCCUGUCCCCACCAGCCCAUUUACUCUGGGCCGUACCCUUACUUACCCUUAUUCUCCUGCUUGUUGUGAUAUGUGCUUGUCUUAUCUACAGGAAGCGAAAACUAGGCCAGCACACAGUGUUGAGUUACAGCAGAAGAUCCUCAUACAGCGCAGGCUUCUCUUCGCUGUCUACUCCACCCAGCUGCAAUGACCUCGAGGACCUUCUGAGUCCCAACAUCCUGUCAGCACCUCUCCAGGCCGUGCUCGACAACUUGGAUGUUUUGGAGGAGCUGGUGAUUUUGUUGGAUCCAGAAAGCCAUGGAGUAAAGAAUACCAAACAUCUGGCUUCUCAUUGCUCCUUCCCCGCCACAUGGAUCACAUACACCUACUCCAUGAAGGAGGUUAAGAGCCCUCUGAAGGCCGUGUUGGAGGGCGUGACCAGCAGGCACCCUGACUGGACAGUCGGCCACCUGGCCAAGCUGCUCAGACACAUGGAGCGCAACGACGCCAUCGCCGUUCUCACUAAACUUGAACUGAAUGUGAUUUCCGUGUGAUCACCUAUAAUAGCACAUAAUCCUUUGGCUGCAGGGUAAGGCCUGCAGAUGUUUCACUUCGUGAUCAUUCCUGAUUUUUUUUGUAGUUAUGCAACCUGGAAACCACAAAGAAAUGUCGGGAAAGCAGACAUCCUGAACAGAUUGUCAGUAAUAUGAAGGAAAUAUACAGGGCAAGGGGUUCAAUGAAGGGAAAUUAUUUUUUGCUAUGGUGCUUAACCCAUUGACGCCUAAAACGCCUGUAAAACCUCUGGGCGAUUUUAAAAUCAGCCCCUAAAACCUGAAGUUUUUCUGGAAAUUCAACAGAAGUGCCAACGCCUCUACUAAAUAAUAGAUUUUUCUGUAGCAGAUAGAAAUGAAAUUCAAAAAGUAUUUGAGAGCUUAUACAAAUACUACAAAACGACGUAUCCGCUUUCCAGGCUUCAAUGGGUUAAAGCAAAAAGUGGCAGACUUUUGAAGCGUUUAUUAUUGCAUCUAAAUUGUGACUUAAUUGCAAAAAAUGAAGUUUACUGAAUUAUUUUAUAACCGCAGAAAUGAAUGUAUAUCCUCAUUUUGUUAAUCAAAUUUCAUCGUGGUUUUAUUAUGAUUAAUAAUUGCUUAUUUCCAGACUAAGAGAUCAACAGAGGUCUCAAGGAGUAUAGUCAAAUUCAAGCAUACAAUAAUUAAUCAUUUUACACACUUUUAAGUCUUUGUAGGAGCUUUUGAUUAGGCUACUACUCAGCUCGUGAUAUAUGUAUAUUAUGUUCUGUGUGGUUCUGUAAGGCAGAACUUUUAUUGCUGCAUUCUGGAAAUUUUUUCUAGAGCAUUGUAUUGAGCAUAACAUUCCAACUCAGAAAAGAGUAAACAAUAUAGUAGUAUAGUAAAUUGUGAGUGCUUUUUUUGGCAUUUUCAGAUAGAAGUGGUGAAAUGAAUGAUGCUCUCAAGUUGCAUCAUUGGAAAUGAAGGUUUGAUGUUGACCACUAUACUUGGUUUGGUCAAAAACAAAGUGCAAUACUUAAUUAAAACAAAAGCACUUUUUUCCCCAAGUACCUGCAUUUAUAGACAUAAGGGCUGUUUCCACUACGCACAUAAUUUGAAUAUGAGCAGACUUUUGUUGGGACUUUUUUCGUCCCUGUCGAAGAGUUCGGACGUUUUUCUCCCUUGAAAACAGCCUGGUUACUGAUUGGAUAGAACGAUAUGCAGGCUGUGACUUAGCAACUUUGUUGUGAUAAUUAGCCACUUUUCAGCUCUGUUUAAAGGAACACUCCACCGUUUUUUCAUAUUAAAACAUGUUAUUCGGUCA